CCUGCGCGAGCGCUGAGUUUGACAAGAGUAUAAUAACCGUUGAACUUCGCUCAAGUUUGUCCGUUACACCUUAAACUGUGUUCAAAAAACACACAGUAGCACUAAAACCGACUUUGAGGAACCCAAGCUGUCACUUUAAGGCAAUAAUGGAGCGCUCCAAACAGAAACAAGUGAAUGAAAAUGAAAAUGAAAAUGAAGCAGACUCCGCGAUCAAUGGACACUUUGACGGACGGGUGAAGAUGCCCGGAUGGAGCGCCGGUGGUGCCGCCGGGACACCGAGCACCGUGCCGUCCUCCAGCGUGAUGGAGAGCUGGCGGGAAGAACGCACUCGCAGUCUGGAAGACAAUGAAAUGAGCCUGCCGAGCAUCGCCGCGGCUUACACCACUAUUCUCAGGGGGCUCGGAGAAGAUCCGCAGCGGCAGGGGCUCCUCAAAACUCCGUGGAGAGCCGCCACCGCCAUGCAGUUCUUUACCAAGGGUUAUCAGGAAAAAAUCAUCGAUGUCCUGAAUGACGCAAUCUUUGAUGAAGACCAUGAUGAGAUGGUGAUCGUGAAGGAUAUUGACAUGUUUUCCAUGUGUGAACACCAUUUAGUUCCUAUUUUUGGCCGGGUGCAUAUAGGUUACCUUCCAAACAAGAGGGUUCUUGGGCUGAGUAAAUUAGCAAGGAUCGUUGAGAUAUACAGCAGGAGAUUGCAAGUUCAAGAGCGUCUAACCAAACAGAUUGCAGUCGCCAUCACUGAAGCUUUACAGCCUGCUGGUGUCGGGGUGGUCAUUGAAGCAACUCACAUGUGUAUGGUUAUGCGAGGUGUCCAGAAGAUGAACAGCAAGACUGUGACCAGCACCAUGCUGGGUGUUUUCCGUGAGGACCCCAAGACACGAGACGAGUUCCUGACUCUGAUCCGGAGCUGAGAGGGUCCGUGUUCGCUCUCCACUGUCGAAACGCUCUGACCAGCCCUCUUCUCAAACGCCUCCCUGGAUCAAAGACGUGGACGAGGCGCUGCUGUGUAACAUAGUGUCCCACCCGCCUCUGGGAUGGUCACAUCAGUAACACCGUCUCUUCUGUAUCACGUAUGUAUGUGUGUGUGUUUUGUGCAUGUUUAGUCAGUAGAGCUGUGGGAGCCUCUAUUGACGGGACUGUGGCUAUUACUGUUACAUGGAAGCAUUGUAUUUUGAAGGACGUCCUAGAUUAGCACAAUUUGACCUCACUAAACUGACAAGCACCAGACCCACCGAAAUUUGUGGGUCACAUUUACGCUCUAUUAAACGCAAGUUGAGCUGCUUGAGAUAACGCAACCAAGCAGUUUUAUUUUCACGCUUCUGAACAGGGAGGUACGUGUCAUUCGGAGUAUUCAAUUUGACUGUUUUAACUACAUAAAAGUACUAACGAGGUACUGAAUAUAACCACUAAAUGAUUACCAAUAUUCAUACACCUUAAUAUUUCCAAGGUACUUCAAAGAUGAUCAUAGUAUUAUAAUGGUACAUGUCCAAAAAGUAACAUAGUAUUACAAAGCACCACUUUUUAUAAGUGAAUAAAUCCAGACUGGUUUUAUUGUUGUUUUACUAUGUGCUGAAAAUGUAUUAUGGCUGUGCUGUCUUAAAAUGUAAUAUUUAAUAUAAUGUGUCUUGUGCAUCAGUCAAUAAUUGUGCCCAGACGCAAAAUAUCAUCUGCUUAAAAGGAUAGUUCACCCAAAAAUGAAACCUGCCCAUAUUUAUUCACCCUCAUGCUGUCCAAACAUGUUUGCCUUAACCCUGACAUAUGAAUUAGUAGUCCAAAAAAAAUCUAUAUAUUUUUUUAAGGUUCAUUUUAGACAAAGAUUAUUAUUUAUUUUAUUUUUUUUUUUUUUGUAGAUAUUUGAUACUUGAUACAUCAGAUUUUUAUGGCUCAUACAGUAGUGGUCAGAAUUAUUGGAACCCUUGGUAAAUAUGAUCAAAGAAGCUGUGAAAAUUAAUCUGCGUUGUUAAUCCUUUUGAUCUUUCAUUUAAAAAAUUCACAAAAAUCUAACCUUUCAUUGGAUAAUAAGAAUUUAAAAUGGGGGGAAAUAUCAUUAUGAAAUAAAUGUUUGUCUCUAAUACACAUUGGCCACAAUUAACCAGUUUAACAGCUCUAAUUUUUCUCCUAUAAUGCCUGAUGAGGUUAGAGAACACCUGACAAGAGAUCAGAGACCAUUCCUUCAUCCAGAAUCACUCCAGAUCCUUCAGAUUCCCAGCUCCAUGUUGGUGCUUCUUCUCUUCAGUUCACCCACUCAUUUUCUAUAGGGUUCAGGUCAGAGGACUGGAAUGGCCAUAACAGAAGCUUGGUUUUGUGCCCAGUGACCCAUUUUUGUGUUGUUUUUGAGGUUUGUGUUUGGAUUAUUGUACGGUUGGAAGAUCCAAACAUGGCCCAUUAUAAGAUUUCUAACAGAGUCAGUCACUUUUUGAUUUUUGAUCUGUUGAUAUUUGAUAGAAUUCAUGAUGCCAUGUGUCUAAACAAGAUGUCAAGGACCUCCAGCAGAAAUAUAGGCCCACAACAUCAAAAAUACAGCAGUAUAUUUCAUUGUACACAUGGAGAACUUUUUAUCCCUGUGUUCACCAAACCCAUCUUGAGUGUUUGCUGCUAAAAAGCUCAUUUUUUGACCAUAGAAGCCAGUCCCAUUUGAAGUUCCAGUCGUGUCUGAUAACUGAAUAUGCUGGAGUUUGUUUUUGGAUGAGCGAGGAGAAUUUUUCUUGAAACCCUCCCAAACAACAUGUGGUGAUGUAGGUGCUGUUUGACAAUUUUGUUUUUUAAAUGUUUUCUGCCCCCGAGACUAUUUUCUGCAAUUCUCCAGCUGUGGUCCUUGGAGAGUCUUUAGCCACUCACACUCUCCUCCUCACCGUGCAUUAGGACGAUAUAGACACACGUCCUCUUCCAGGCAGUUUCGUAACAUUUUAUGUUGAUUGGAAAUUCUUAAUUAUUGCCCUGAUGGUGGAAAUGGGAAUUUUCACUGCUCUAGCUCUUUUCUUAAAGCCGCUUCACUAAUUUGUGAAGCUCAAUUAUCUUUUGCUGUACAUCAGAAAUAUAUUUUUGGUUUUUCUCAUUGUGAUGGAUGAUUAAGGGAAUUCGGGCUUUGUUUUCCCUCCUAUUUAUAUUUCUGUGAAACAGGAAACAUUUAUUUCAUAAUGAUAUUUCCCCACAUUUUAAAUUAUUAAUAUCCAUUGAAAGGUUAGAUUUUUGUGAAUUUUUUAAAUAAAAGAUCAAAAGGAUUAACAAUGCAGAUUUAUUUUCACAGCCUUCUUUGAUCAUAUUUACCAAGGGUGCCAUUAAUUCUGACCACUACUGUAUAGUAUGAUACAGGUACAAAAAUUAAAAAAAAAAAAAGUCUGAUGAUUCCUCAACAGCCUGAUGGAUCAUAAUUAAUAAUCACAUUUUAAGAUUAUUUUUCCAAAAAAAAAAAAAGUAUGGAUAAUAAAGUAAACCUUUGUUGGUUCAGUCCAGUAUGUUUAUCUUGAAAUAUUACUAACAACAUAAAAUUCAUUACAUUUACAGUAAGAAAUAUGUAAAGAUUUCACAGCAAAAAGACACAUGUACCACAACCUGAAGGUCAAACGGUUAAUCGCAUCCAAAAUAAAAGUUUUUGUUUACAUAAUAUAUGAGUGUGUGCUGUGUAUAAUUAUGUAUAUAUAAAUACACACACAUGCAUGUUUAUAUUUAAGAAAAAUGCGUUUAUAUAUUUAUAUAUUAUAUCAUUUAUAUGAAUAUAAAUAUAUACAUGUAAAUAUUUUCUAAAUAUAUGCUGUAUGUGUUUUUAUAUAUAAAUAAAUAUACACAGCACACACACACAUAUUAUGUAAACAAAACGUUUAUUUUGGAUGCGAUUAAUCAUUUGGCAGCACUAAUAUAUAUAUCAUUUUUAUACGCACACACACACACACACAAAUAAAUAAUCUCAAGGACAAAAACAACCAUUAGGGUGAGUAAAUGAUGACUCAGUUUGCAUUUUGGGUGAACUGUCCCUUGAAGUGUUAAUUUGAGCUGAUUAUUGACUGUAUUUACAUGUUUUGUGCAACACUAUUAUUUUAUGUUUAAAAUCAGCUGUUGAGUCUGAUGUGUUGGAUGUUCUGUGAUGAAGUGAUAACCAGCUCCAGCCUUCUGAAUGUCCUGUCUGUAUGGCCAUAAAUGUUGUUUACACUCUUUUAUUUGUCAUCUUUUAUUUGUUAGAAAAAAAGACCAAAGGUGAAAGGUGCAGUCGAGGUCAACUUAGUAUCUGAUUUUGCACAUUGUGGGAUUCUUUUACAGUAUGAAGAAUACAGAACAUAGCUGUACUGAUAAAUAAUUUAAUAAUUUGAUUAAUAAUCUGUAAUUAAAAUAAGAUUAAAAAAGAUGGAAACCAACUAAAAGAUAUUUUAAGAUUCUACAUUUGUAUCAUAUUUUGUACAUUUCCUCUGAUGCAUGUUUACCUGUGCUUGGGUAUGUGCUUUUGAGUUACAAUUUAAACUAUAUACAUAUGUAUCAUUGUAGUAAAUUAUAUUAACCUCAAAAAUGACAGAUACUGUGGAUUUACUGAUACUGUUGUAUUGCCCGUGUAGUGACUUUUUUUUUCAUUAUGAAACAUUGAGUUCAGAUGAAACUGAGCCAGACGGUAUCUGAGAUGUUCAAUGUCACAAUCGCGUCAUAUCAGUGGAUUCAUUAAGAAAAUGAGCACUUGAUAUUGAGAACUGAGUGUUAUUCAUGUGGCCUUCUUUAAACGAAAGACUCAAAGAGCCUUUCAAAUAUUUACUAUUGAUGUUCAUCAUCAUUUUCAGCUUAAAAUAAUAAAAGAUCUUGUGGAAAAUAUAUAGAAUGUUCUUGUUAUUUUUAAAGUUUAAAUGUAGUUUUUGUUGAGGGGGUUAGUAAGCAAAAGACAAGAAACAUUAAAGGGUGGAUCACACAAAUGUCAUAUUUUACCCCAAAUUCAAAAGAAAAACAAAUUGUCAUUGUAAUGUUAAAAAAAGAUUCUCGUUACUGUAAGACACUUAUUUUAUUUUUAUUUUUUUGUCUUUAAUGAAAAAAUGAAAUCUGAGGAGGGAGAAUUUUGUGAAAUUACUGUAUAAUAAAUAAAUGCUAAAUAUGAAAAAUGGCUUCUUUCCUUUAGAGUUCAAUAUUCUAAUCUCAAUCUUUUAUUUAAACGUGAUGUUUCCUCAACCACGAAAGUAGUUUAGUCAGGCAGCAGAAGCCCAAUUAGUUUUUUGUUUUUUUGAACAAAUAUUUUCAUGGUGAAAUCCUACUUUUUAAUGAUCUUUUUCAGUUCCACACACACACAAAAUCACUUCCUAAUUCUUUCCCAUAUUUUCCAUGAACAACACUGCCCAUCUAUGUGACACUUCCAUUGGCUCAUCAUAAAUGAGUUCAUAAAACACGAGAGUGACUCAGCAUUUCUCUCUCUCUUUUUGUUCUUCACAGAAAUCCCCGCCUCUUGGCAAUAAAAAUCUGUCUCGAGCUCUCUGAUUGGUUAAAACCAAGAGGAGGCAGUAAAUUCCUCACAGACUCAUGUGGUUAGUUACUCUGAAUAUAUGAGCAAAGCUUCCUCCAGACCAUACCAUUCAACAGCUGCUUUGAAAAUGAAAGAAACACACAGCGUCCUUUUCAAAAGUUACUCUUUAAUACUUUUCGUCUGUGGUUAUUACAAAGAUGUCAAGCACUUAACACAGACCCAAUGAAACAGACAAAAACACAUUCAGUUGGCGGACAGAACAUCACACACACAAACAACAUAAUCUCCCAUUAACGCACAAAAACACACACUCACAAGGCCACGAACCAAAGAGGGAAAGAGAUUACAGAAUCCCUCUCUUUAUUGACUAAAGUCAUGUUUAUUUCAGUAAGAUGAGCAGAGAGACGUAACACGAGCUGUGAUGCCUCAGGUAACAGGAAAAAACAGCCUCUAAUGAAACCAUCCAUGUUAUGAUGCAAAUAAGAAAGAAUAUGUACAAAAAUUACAAGACAAUCCAGUUUCUCACCUGGAUACACGUACAGUGUCACACUCGCACACAUACAAACAAAAAAUAUAUACACAUCUCUGUGUUGUACAGACAGAUAUAAUCAUAACUUCAUAACAGCACUGAAGUACCUAAAGCAUACAGAUUCCCAUGAACUACCAGCACGCUCCUUCUGAGCAAACGCAUCAGAAUCAGCUCGUAUGAACUUUGUAUGAUUUGAAGUUUCGACCAUCAAUGCGUCUUGCUUAUCUCUAUAUUUUAGAGCCAUAUAAAAUCAUUUACAUUUGGGGUAAAUGUCUGAAUACAAAAAAAGGCACUGCCAUUUGUUAUUCUAGAUAUGACUUCCCAGCCUCUUGCAUGCAUCUCUAAAAUAUAAAUUACUUUUUUUUUUUUUUCGUGUUUUAUUUAUUUUUUCCGCGGUUUUUAUUUGGUUUUAUCGUUUCAUAAACAUAAGAUUCUUUUAAAAUAUAUAUAUUUUAUAUAUGUAUAUGUACGUCAGCCUGCAGUCAAUACAGGACAUCGGCUCUUGAAAAUAACACGAAAAAAUCAAAUAAAAAACAAAAAUCAAAGAGCGUAGUAAAGCAAGACCCUUCAGAAUAAAGGGGAAAAAAUCAAAUAAAAAUAAAAUCGAUCAGCAUCACAAUUCCAAUAUGCUAACGCGCAAAACCUUUUACAAAACACUAAAAUGCUAGUUUUAUUUUUAUUUUUCGGAAUACCAAGGCAACAUGUAAAUGUUAACACUGUUACAGCAUUGUAUUUUGCUGCAUGUUUGCAGUCGAGCGCAUUUGGACAAAAACAAACUUGUUCGCAACGAGGGAACGAAUCUGAAAAACAUUAAACAAACCAGAGCUGAAUACGCAUCAUUCUUCGUUAUCCAAUCACAAGCGAGCAGCAUUCUUCGUCACGGUGCGUUUCCACUGGCCCGCAGCGAGCGGAGCGGAGCGAGCGUUUUCAAUUCAUUUCUAUGAAAGUUGAGCUUAAACGCUCGCGCGAUGUAUUAUGGGAUUGAAAGUGGCGCGGAGAAAGCGUUGAGAGCGGCCGAGAGCGUCAAAAAUGUUGGGCAUUGCUCGACUUUAUGCAAAUAUCGAGCGAAAAACGCCGGGCGACAACCAAUCGCUGUGAAAAGAGGAAGCUGAAACGCAAACAGGGUGUAAACAUUGUUUUUAGAGGCGUUGCCAGCGGCACUGAGCGCAGAUUUGACGCUGUAGUGGAAACGCACCGUAAAGAACUACGCAAUGACGCUACGCCGUAAGUAUUUGGCAUCAAACACCGUAACUACAGCUGAGGUGAAAAACAGCAACAGAAUAACAGCGAAAUCUCAAAAAGGAGGAGGAAAAAAAAAAAAACUGGCUCUUUGUUUACAACGUGUGACAAUAUAUAUAAAAAAAAAACUCCUUAAAAUUUAAAAUACACAAUCCGGGCAGUGUUAGCAAAAUAUAAGCAUUUAUAGAUACAAGAAAGAAAGUAAAACAGCAAUAUUAAAACAACAUAACAAAAAACUGAUAUGUCUUUUGACUAUCAGGUACGUUUUUUUUUUUUUUUUUUAAUGCAAAUUGGGAAAACAAAACGUCAAAAAAUAACUAGGUUGUUAUUUGAGAUGUACUUAUGGUUACCAGCCAUAGCAAAAAAGUUAAUACACAAGGUAUCUUAAAUAAUACAUCUAAUGAAUACAAUAACCUCUGCAUCAAUAAUAGAAAAGAAUAAAUAAUCAUUUGAAUCUGCUAAUUGUUUUCAAAUGGCAGUGAUGAGUGGCUUAAUACACACAAAUAAAUGCACCUCUAGAAACAAGAUGCACAAGAUGCCACAUGAUGGUUUGCUAACACGCUUGUAAAACACCGGCUACCAUUCCGUUUAAGGCAUUUCAUGCACUUUAAAAGCACUAGUUUGGAGGCACCAAGCCGACACACUGCAUAGUCAACAUUCUUUCUUUUAGGCAGCUUGAACCUCAUCGGUCGCCACUCAACGGAUGUGAAAGUGCCUCUUUACUGUCUGUUUAAUCAUGACUGGUUUCUUUGGAUGAGCCAAAAAGCAUUAAACACUUGAGGUGUGGGUAGGUGCGUCAAGUUGUAGGCCUGCGAAUACGGGAAUUGUGGGAGAUUUGGAGGAGAGGGCGGGGUUUGUUAGUCCAGUUCCUCUUUCCGGGACCCCCAGUUCCCCCUCAGCCCUAUGAUUCACACCGUGUUGCUGAUGCAGAGUCUAUUGCACGUUAUUGCAAAUUCACUUUUGAUGGUUUCAGCAAGGAUUCACAGCACCAAGGGCAGGAAAAGCAAAGUUAUUAUAUGAAAAACUCUAAAUAAGAUACAUUACCAAUCACUGAACACCCUCAUAAAGGGACUUUAAUGUCCCAGAUUAAAACAAUUAAAGCAAAAAAAAAAAAAAAAA